UUGGUGUGUGCGCCUCCCGUCUCUCCCGGCUCCGCUGUUGUUCGCCGCCGCCACAGAUGAGCUGGGAAGAGGAGGGAAAGCGGAUGUAUCUGGCCAGAAGAAGAGGAAAACGGGAGGAGUUUGGAUCGGCAUGCGAGACUAACCAGCGGCUCUGAUCAUCAACAGCUCUCCUUCUCUCUCUUCCCCUCUCCCUCUCUCUCUCUCUCUGCCGCUGUCUCUCUCUCUCUCUCACACACACACGCACAAACACACACUCUCAGACUCACACACACUCGUGCCGGCUGGAUGUCUUCUCGCUAGGCUGAACGAGAGAGGUGUGAGUGCACCAGGGGCUCCCUGGCUGAGGAGCUGGAGGGCUGAUGAUGGAUCUGAAGGAGAGCUGUGGCAGUCAGGGGAGCCAGGAGAGCUCCAGCCUGCACCCUACCUCCUGGCAGGCCUUUGCUCACACCAGCACGCUGCACGGCCUGCGCUACGUCUUCCCUUAUGGUCAGCCCAGCGUGCGCCGCUUACUCUGGGCUGCGGCUCUGCUGGCCUGCCUGGGACUGUUAGCCCUGGAGAGCGCUGAACGCCUGGCCUAUUUCCUCUCCUACCCUCACGUGACCAGCGUGGAUGCCGUGGUGUCGAGCAGCCUGGUCUUCCCUGCUGUGACCAUUUGUAACCUCAACGCGUACCGCUUCAGCCGCCUCACGCGCAACGAUCUGUACCACGCUGGAGAGCUAAUGGCACUGCUGGAUGUGCACCUGAAAAUCCCCCAAGCGCACCUGGCUGAGCCCGACGUGUUGGCUUCCCUGCAGGAAAAAGCCAACUUCACCAAAUACAAGCCCACGCCGUUCAGCAUGAAGGAGUUCAUCGAGAGGGUCGGCCACGACCUGAGAGAGAUGAUGCUCUACUGCCGCUACCAAGGCCAGGAGUGCAGCCCCAGCGACUUCAAAACCGUGAGUCCACUGAUGCCUUCUUUUAAAUGUCAGCUCUGUUCUGGGAUCAGUUGGGGUCAGAGCAUCUUUGCUGCCCUGCAGCCCUUAAAGGACUGUGGUACUGAGGUGUUUUGGUUGCGUGUUCUGAGUCUUGCAAGUUUCCAGAGAUGUUUUUAUUUUUUUUCUUUGGCCAGUAAAAUGACUUGAUGAAUGCUGAUAGCUGCUCUUUCCCUCCCACGCUGCUGCGCUGGGAGUCUCCUGCUGUGCUUUCUCCUUGGGACUUUGGUGUUCGGCUGCACAGGUUGACUCUUGAGCUUUGUUCUGCAAAUGUACUCUCUGCUGAUGCCUUGUUGUUGUCAGCCUUCACAUAAUAACAUUGUGCUUACUGGCACAUAGAGUACUGCAACAGGUGUGUAGUAUUUUAGUCACUGAAGGAAGGUAAUUGUUUUGUCUUGGGCCACAGUGAAUAGUAAAU